UAUGGAUGUGCUAACAUAUUCACACAACGUGGAGAAGUAAAGAUAGGCUUUCUCUCUCGGCAGGUUUAUCGCCAUGGUGACCGCUCUCCUACUCAUAUUUAUCCAAAUGAUCCGUACCAAGAAGACGUGUGGCCGCAGGGAAUUGGAAUGCUAACACAAAAAGGAAUGCGAGGAGAAUAUGCUCUUGGUAAAUUCCUCAAGAGUCGAUAUGUCGAAGGGUAUAAGCUAUUUAAUGCCACUUACAUUCUCAAAGAGGUAAGGGAGUUUUCAUCCUCUUUACGAGUGAAUAUCUACAUUCGGAGUAGUGACUAUGACCGAACACUAAUGAGUGCACAGACACAGCUGAAUGGCCUGUACCCACCAAAAGGUCAUCAGAUAUGGCGAGAUAAUUUAGACUGGCAACCAAUAGGAAUCCAUGUAGUACCGUUGGAAGACGAUUAUGUAAGUUUUUUCCUGUAUAUGUUCAUCGUCGCUUUAAGUAUAAAUAGCAACCAAUUCAGUUAGUCUUCAGUUCUGUAAUAAGCACUACUAGCAAUUUAAGAAUUGUCAAGGGACUGUGUCGAAGGACCGGACUGCACAAAAGUAGAGAGGACCAAGUAGGAGGGAAAACAAGUCAGUAAUAAUGUACAAGGAUUAUAACUUCUGCUAUUGGCUAACAAAUUGUUUUGCUUUGACGCAGCUGCUCGCACCUUUUGACUACCCCUGCGAUCGAUAUUUUAAACUUUACGACGAGGGCAAAAAGCAGCCCGAAUACAUAGAGAUGUCCCUGAAAUACAAGGUAAUAAUCUACUUACUAUGCCACGUGGACUUAGCAUGCAAUUCUAGUGUGAAACAAACCACAGUACAACAGGAUUUACCAGACCAUAGUCUAUACCACACCUAUAGGGGGGCCACGAUAUUGUUGACGCAUUGUUAUUUUGAACCUCAUUUCGUUGUCAGUAGACCAUUUACCCUGGUUUUAUUGAAUUUCGUUCCCAGGUUACCCCUCUCUUUUUCCCUUCCCCUGAAGCGAGAGAUAGAGAGACCCUUGUUCAGCAACAGCAGCAGUUUACAAACAAAUGCUAUAGGGAAGGGAAAAAGAGAGGUCCUGGGAUAGAGGAUGAUUUGAUUAGAUCUUAUACAGUAUUAUUAUUAGACAUCUUAAAUAUUUAUACUGUGAGUAUUUUUUCAAUUGUUUCUUU